AUGACUAUAGAGAAUAUUGAUCCUAAAUUAUUCACCAGCAUCAAAGUUGGCCCGUAUCUUUUGAACUCAAGAAUAACUAUGUGCCCUUUAUCCAGGUUAAGGGCAACUAAUGACCAUUUACCUUCGCAGUUGAAUCUUGAAUACUAUGAUGAACGUUCCAAAAUACCUGGGUCAUUUCUCGUGACUGAAUCGACUGCAAUUACCGAUAAGUUUGGAGCUAUUUCUCAUAUGCCUGGAAUAUGGAACGCUCAGCAGACCCAAGGUUGGUCUAAGAUUGUUGAAAAGGUUCAUGAAAACAAGUCUUAUAUAUUUUUGCAACUUGGAGCGCAUUUGAAAACACAACCUUUGUGUUAUAUGUCAUUGAAAAAAUGGAAUCCUCCUAAUGUAGUUGAAGAGUAUGAAGAGCUUUUUGCGAAUGCAGUCUUGAAUGCAAUUAGUGGAGCCAAAUUUGAUGGUGUUGAAAUUGCACCAUAUCAAUAUUGUGCCUUUUUGUUAAAGAGAAAUGUUGAUGAAGGAGAUAGAUUGAAACUCAUCUCUAGAUUUUGUCACUUUUUAAAGGACAAGAUUGCUCCUGUUGUUGGAUUAGAAAAUAUGAACAGGGUUGGACUAAAGAUAUCAAUACUCAGCCAAGAGGAACAGAUAUUUUUGGUUAAAAAGUUAAAUGAGGUUGGGUUGCUGCAUUUGGCGUACCUAUCCAUUACAGAAUUAAGGCUCACAAACUUACAUGUAGACAGUGACGCUUCAUUAGGAUCAAAUGAUUGGAUUCGUGAAGAGUGGAAUGGAACAGUAAUUAGAAUGGGUGGAUACCUUGAUAAUAUUGCUAAACUAAACAUUGACAUUCUUGCAAAUGAUAAGACAUUAAUAGGAGUUGGAAGGUACUACUCUUCCAAUCCUAAUUUGAUUAAUCAGCUUAAAAACGGAGAUCCAUUAAAAGAUUACAAUCGUUUAACAUUUUAUACCAACACUUCCGUGGGAUACUUACACUGGCUUGAAGAGGAACUGUCUGAGAAUCAUUUCAAGCACCAAGGACCAGUGUCUAUUUUAGAAAAAUCUUAA